AUGGAUCUCAUUGCUGGCACGCUCUCGGACGAUCUCAAGAUCAACGUCAACUUCAUAGAUGACCCCGAUCACUACGAUUGUGAACACUCAACUCAGUCUAAAUCAACCGCCGAUACACGUCGUCAUCUCAACGAGGGCCACUUCACCAGGGUCUUUAACAAAUACAAGGCGACUCAGCAUGUUGAUUUGCUCCUCACAGGUCCCCAUGCCUGUGUCAUCCUCAGUGCAAAGGCCAUGAAUGUCGGAGCCAAUAUCAGCAGUGCGCAGCGUGAGUAUCUGCGCAGCAUCUACAAGAAGUGCGGUCUACAUAAGGAGGGCAUCGAGCAGAUGGGCAAGGCUCUUGAUGAGUAUAUCAAUGGCACUCCCUACGAGCUCAAGGAGCCGGACCGUACCGACCACAACAUACAGAUGGCUUUCGAUGAGGCGAGGUCAAAGAACGGGAGUGGAUUCACCAUGAUGAACUAUCACGGACCACGUUACUACGAGGAGGGCGUCCCAACACAUGAUUGGACUCAUGCCAUGGUCAAGGGGAUACGACGCAAAAAAGGCGAGCCUGCCUACUUUCCCGGUGCCCCUGUCCUUCGCGAAUGUCGCAAUUGCGACAAAUUUCCUGAGCAAGUCGACGGUGGUCUCAAGGCUUGUGGGAAGUGUAAGAAGGUCAUGUAUUGCGGACGUGACUGCCAGAAGAGCGACUGGGCCAACCACAAGAAGUUCUGCAAGGCAUUUGCCAAAAUGCCCGCUCCGCCUGCAGUCGAAUCCCUGCAGUCGUCCCCAAUGUGCAUUCCAGGCUAUGAUCCGCUAGCCAAAAGGAGCGGACCCAACGGUGGUCCUACGCCCGACGGCGCGACGGUCUACACUGCUAGUGCGCAGUCGAAUGCUCAUACGACGCAGUCGAAUGCUCAUACGACGCAGCAGUCUGGCAACGCGCAGGAUACGGCUGGCACGGGAAGUGCUUCGCCAUGUUCGACCCAGUGA